CGGCUCCCGGACGGUUUGCAGCCGAACCGAAUUUUUAUUUAAGUCAUGUGUAUCAACAGGUAACUCCCACCGCGACAACAACAGGUUGAGGAAUGCCGGGCCGUAGGGGGCUCCUUGCUCCGCAGAACACUUUCCUUGACACAAUAGCGACAAGAUUCGACGGAACUCAUAGCAAUUUUGUGUUGGGUAACGCCCAAGUGCCCACCCUUCACCCCAUUGUCUACUGUUCGGAUGGCUUCUGCGAACUGACUGGGUGGCCGAGGGCGCAAAUAAUGCAGAAAUCAUGCGCGUGUAAAUUUCUCUACGGUCCAGAAACUAGCGAGGAACACAAGGCAAUGAUCGAUAACAGUUUGCAGUCUAAAUCGGAACUCAAGCUGGAGGUUCAGUUCUACAAGAAGAACGGGACUCUGUUUUGGUGCUUGCUGGAUAUAGUGCCUAUAAAGAAUGAGAAAAGGGAGGUGGUGCUUUUUUUGGCAUCACAUAAAGACAUUACCAGCAACAAAUGCCUAAUACACGACCACGAAGACGACUUAUCUCCUACUGAAUUAAAUGGCUGCUUGGAACCGGACGAAACCCCGGCUGGAGUCAACUACGGCAGAAGAAGAAGUCGAGCCGUGUUGUACCAACUGUCCGGCCACUACAAACAGGACAAAGCAAAGCACACAAAGUUAAAGCUUAACAAUUCAUUGCCUGAGUACAAGACGUCUGCUUUGAAAAAGUCACGGUUGAUUCUGUCCCACUACGGAGUAUUUAAGACGUGUUGGGACUGGCUUAUACUCAUUGCCACCUUCUACAUCGCCAUAGCAGUGCCGUACAAUGCGAGUUUUGUGAGCCUUGAACGACCUUCUAUGGUCAGCGAUGUAGUUGUUGAGUCGUUAUUUAUUGUAGAUAUAAUACUCAACUUCAGAACGACAUUUGUAAAUAGAAAAGGGGAAGUUGUCUCAAAAUCAAGUUCCAUCGCCAUUAACUAUUUAAAAGGAUGGUUUAUUGUUGACCUUUUAGCCGCAAUCCCUUUUGAUCUGCUUUAUGCCUUUGAUGUUUAUAGUGGCGAGCAAGCAGGACAUGGGCAAAUUCAUCUUCUUAAACUGACAAGGCUGUUGCGACUCGCACGGCUGCUUCAGAAAAUGGACAGAUAUUCUCAAUACAGUGCCAUGAUCUUGACGCUGUUGAUGUUAUCAUUUACUUUGGUGGCGCACUGGUUGGCCUGUAUUUGGUUUGUCAUUGCUGAAAAAGAAAGGGCUCGUUACAAUAAUGACUGGAACCUAGGCUGGUUGCAUGCUCUCGCCGAGAGACUGAAAGUAGACAUAGACAACGUAUCAAAAUCUGAAUCGUACGUUACAGCGUUGUAUUUCACAUGUUCUUCUUUGACGAGCGUGGGCUUUGGAAAUGUUUCUGCAAAUACCAGUUACGAAAAAAUAUUCAGCAUAAUUACAAUGCUGAUAGGAGCCUUAAUGCACGCAGUAGUGUUUGGAAACGUUACUGCUAUAAUUCAAAGAUUAUAUUUAAGAAGAUCCCUAUAUCAGACGAAAUGGAGGGAUUUGAAAGAUUUCCUCACGUUGCAUCAAGUUCCAAAAGUACUGAAGCAACGCAUGCAGGAUUAUUUUCAAACAAUGUGGUCGUUGAACCACGGUAUCGAUAUUAACCAGACUUUGAGGGAAUUCCCGGAGGAAUUGAGAGGUGACGUGUCAAUGCACCUUCACAGAGAAAUCCUUCAGCUUCCUAUCUUUGAAUCUGCUUCUCAGGGUUGUUUAAAGCUUCUCUCGCUUCACAUCAAAUCGAACUUUUGCGCUCCGGGAGAAUACUUAAUACACAAAGGGGAUGCGCUAGCAUAUUUUUAUUAUUUGUGCAACGGUUCAAUGGAAGUUGUACAAAAUGACAUGGUAGUUGCAAUUUUAGGAAAAGGCGACCUUGUAGGUUGUGACAUUAACAUGCACCUAUCUGGAAAUGCCAAUGGUGCAGGUCCAGCUGGUGAAGUGGUAGUAAAGUCAAGCUGUGAUGUUAAAGCUCUAACAUACUGUGAUCUAAAGUGUAUAAAUAUUCAAGGUUUAGUGGAUGUACUUAGGUUGUACCCAGAAUAUCAGCAGAUGUUCGCAAAGGACAUCCAACACGAUUUAACGUACAACAUGAGGGAAGGAUACGAAGCUGAAGAAUCGGAUAUGAACGGAAUGCCAUCGCUGACCUUACCAUCAAUAAGUGAAGAUGAUGAAAAUAUACCUGAAGAAGGAGAUUCACCCUUAUCUCCACCGAACCGAUCUCCUUUGGAUGCCCUUAGUCCUAGACACAAAUAUGCAAGGAAUAGGCAAAACUCAGACAUGAACAGAGAACGCCUGAAUACCCAAGUGUCUUCUCUUCAUCACCAUGUGGCAACUCUAAGUCAAGAGGUCCGUAAUGCCAUACAUGCUCUACAAGAAUUAAGUGCUACGAGUACCGCAGCGAGCCGGUACCCUUAUCCACUGCCUGCACACUCGAAUCCAAACCUGCCAUACUCCAGUUACGGUAUGUCGACCGAAAUACUUAGAUCGUCUUCUCAGCCUCCAGAAAUAUUCAGAGGCCACCUUGUUGACCAUCUGUACCACCAAAUAGACGCACAAACUCAGACUGAUACUUCAUUAGAUAUUAUCAGCUGCCGACUGUUCGUUGCUGAGAAUCCAAAAACGGUUUUGCGUUGGCUAGGGCUGGACCCAGAAACGCCAAUAGCACUGAAGCCACACAACACUAAGAAGCAAGACCAGUACUAUUACAAGGGUCCGAGGCACAGUUUGGACGAUAUGUGUACAUUCCAAAUAAAUCGCAUCCCAUCUUCUCAUUCUUUAAAGUUUCUGCCUAAAAGCUGAACAAUUUUAAAAUUCAAUAGGUAAACAAAUAUUUUUGGUCCACGUUUCUCGAGUUUAGCAAAUGUAUUUAUUUUUGUAUGUUUUUGUUUUUCCAAAGGUAGUUAAUUUUAUAACUGAUAUUUUCAUCUGUAAAAAUUAACUUUUGCUACAGCACAAUUAUACUCAAUUUUACAUUGUUCAUUCUUUCAUAACAAACUGAAAACUGGCUAAAGAAAUUUCUUAUAUGUGCCAAAAUACGUGUAGUGUUUAAAUUUAACAAAUUGUGUAUGACAGAUUGUCUCAAAAUUGUCUAACUUAUCAAAAUAAUUUGGCCAUUGUUGCUUUGGGUUGGACGUGUGUUUCUCACUCUGUCGUUUUCCCUUUAAAUGAAAAUAUAAACAUACCCCUAACUCAUAUUUUAUACAAAUACCUAGAACCUUGUUGAAAUUUAUUUUCU